AUGGAGACUAUGUCGCAGAACAUAGAGCAUGGAGAAAACACCAAACCCGUCAAGCGAUCGUGGAUCUCACUCGUUCCGAGAGGACCUGGAUCCUCUUAUAUUGCGCUCUUCAGACCUUUGGAGGACUUCCAGUCUCGCUUCAUCUUAUUUUGCGGAGUAGUGUUUGCGAUUGCUGCUGGCGCACCUCUUCCUAUAAUUGGUAUCAUAUUUGCUCGCAUCAUUGAUGUUUUCCCGCCCUCUGAGGAAGAAGUUGAAGCCCGAGUCUAUCAAUUGGUUGCUGUUGUGACAUGGGGCUGGGCAUUUUGCUGGGGCAUUGUCGGUGCGAGAGUAUCGCGAGGCUUACGGAUACAGAUGGUCGAUAGAGCCUUGGGGCUGGAUCAGACAUAUUAUGAGACUCAAUGUCCUGAUAUUACCAGUCGUCUGACUGCGGACGCCCAAAUGGUUCAGGCCGGUACCGCUGAAAAGGUAGGCCUUUUUCUACAAUCGUGCAGUUAUUUUGUUGUGGCCUUUAUAGUAGGAUUCAUACUCAACGCUCGUCUCACCGGAAUUCUUUUCGCUGCAGUCAUUCCUUCUAUGGCACUGGUCGUUGUCGUCGGUACCUCCACGUUAAGCAAAUACGCCAAGGCAGCUGCAGAAAGUAACACAAUCGCAAACUCGAUUGCCGAGGGGGCCGUGAAGGCUGUACAAGUAGUUCAAGCUUUUGAUGCUUUUGAAGCUUUGACAAAUUCUCACCAUGCCAAUCUAAUUGAGGCGAUGGGAUAUGGUGCGAAGAAAGCUAUAACGGGCGCACUCAUGCUUGGCAGUGUGUUCUUCAUUGCAUUUUCUGCGAAUGCCUUGGCCUUUUGGCAGGGCUCCAAAAUAAUCGACUCACAAUCAUCGACUGGCAGUGCCGGCACGGUCUAUGCCAUCGUGUUCCUGAUCCUUGACGCGUCAUUUGUGAUCGGGGCAGCAGGGCCAUUUGUUCAAUCUUUCGCUCAUGCGGCUUCCGCCGGGCAACGAAUAUUUGAUCUUAUUGAUUAUCCCAGCAUACCAAUCGAUAUAUACUCUGAGGAUGGAAUUAGUUGUGACAGCAAGAUAUUGGAGGUGAGAGGUAGUAUCAUCUUCGAAGAUGUGAGCUUUUCUUAUCCGGCGCGCCCACUGGAAACAGUUCUGGAUUCAGUCAAUAUCGAAAUUGAGACUGGAACUUCUGUAGGUAUUGUAGGUGCAUCUGGAAGUGGCAAAUCAACCAUCACUGCACUUUUGUUCAGAUUGUAUGACCCAUCACAGGGGUCUGUGCGGAUUAAUGGACGUACGAUACCUGAACAUCACUUAGCCAGUGUCCGUGAGAGAAUGGCUUUAGUUGAUCAGGAUCCAGCUGUCUUUUCGGGAACUAUAUAUCAUAACAUCAAACAUGGCUACAGAGGAGUUUUGUUGGAAGAUGAGGAGAUGAGAGAGAAGUGUAUAGAGGCCGCGAAAUCUUCUGAUGCCUGGCAAUUCAUUGAAUCGCUGCCACAUGGGCUGGAUACAUGGCUCGGCGAGCCAUCUGGUACGAGACUUUCGGGUGGACAGAAACAGCGGCUAUGCUUGGCCAGAGCUUUAGUUGGUGAUCCCCCUCUAUUGAUACUAGAUGAGGCUACAAGUGCACUUGACACAAUCAGCGAAGCGGCCAUCUUGAGCUCUCUUGCAAAAUCACGGUCCUCGAGCAAUCGAACCACCAUCAUGGUCGCCCAUCGUCUUGCGUCAGUAAAAGCUGCUGAUGACAUCAUUGUUAUGGGCAAAGGUCGGGUUCUGGAACAAGGAAAUCACGAUUUACUCAUGUCAAUACCUGAUGGCGCUUAUCGUCAACUGAUUGAAGCGCAAAAGUUAAGUGCUGCCGAGGGAAGUUUUCGCGUUGAAUCACUUGAAUCACUUGAGUCGCUUGAGUCAAUUGAUGAACUCCCAACACUAGAAAAGCUAUCCACCUCAUCUGAUAAUGUUCUAGAUGGUGAUGACGUUAUUACACAAGAUUCGACCAAACAGAGCGACACUCGGUCUCCAAAGACUUUAGGAGCUUUAUCCAUUAUCCGACGCUGCCUCUAUUCAACAAAAUCUAAGAUUCUCUUUACUUUAUUUGCAUUCGUAGCUUGCGUCGCAACAGGAGGCUUAGUCCUUGGCGAAUCGAUUAUCUUCGGAAACUUGGUGCCUUUACUCAAUGGUGCUGCGUCCUCUUCCCGAGUAGAUUUCUUUUGCUUAAUGUUCUUCGUUGUUGCAAUCAUUGCUCUUGUUGGUUAUACAACGUCUGGUUCCUGCUUUGGAAUUGUUUCGGAAACUUUGAUCAUGAGAACUCGAGAUCUCUCGCUUCGAACCAUAUUACGACAAGACAUGGAAUGGUUUCUAGCGCCUGGAAGAUCUACUUCCUCUCUUAUCUCUGUCAUGAACAUGGAUUCGGGUCAUCUGAGCGGACUUUCGGGAGUGAUCAUUGGUACCGUUAUAUCCGGACUUGUCUCGGUCAUUGGUGGGGCUAUUUUGGCACAUGUGGUGGCUUGGAAAAUUGCCAUCGUCCUCUUCAGUACAUCGCCAGUAAUUCUGCUUGCGGGAUACUUCAGAAUACGUGUGUUAGCUCAUAUCGAAGAAAGGAACCAAGCAGCCUACAUUGAUGCUUCCACAUUUGCAACCGAGGCUUUGGGGGCAAUCCGUACUAUAGCUGCGCUGGGAAUUGAACGGAAAACUUUAAUGAAAUUCCAAGCCGCAGUCAAUAAACAUCGAGAGCAGACCUUUAAAAACACAGCGCUUGGGAAUUUACUUCUUGCGUUUGCGCUCUCUAUCACAUAUUUUAUAUAUGCUCUCGCCUAUUGGUGGGGAGCUAAGCAAGUGAGAGAGGGAUAUUAUUCCACUCGUCAAUUUUUCAUUGUUCUUCCUGCUAUCCUGUUCUCCGCUCAAGCUGUAGGACAAUUAUUCAGUUUGGCACCGGACAUUGGCAGGGCAAAGGGUGCUGCCUCUCGGGUUUUUCAAUUGCAUGAUGAGAAACCAACUAUUGACCUUGCCGAUGGUUCCUCUCCCGCGGCCAUUCCCCCCGAUAGAACAUUGACUGACGAUUCGGACUUUUCUUCGGGUACAAUUGAAUUUCGAAAUGUUGAUCUGGCCUACAAAUCUCGUGCCGAUACGCCAAUAUUUACCAAUCUAAAUUUUACCGUGAAAGCCGGCGAGACAGUUGCUUUGGUGGGAAAAUCAGGAGCUGGCAAAACAUCAACAAUCUCAUUGAUAGAGAGGUUUUACGAUCCCACAUCUGGAGCUAUUCUACUUGACGGGAUAGAUAUCAGGACAGUACCCGUGUCCCAACAUCGAGCUCGACUUAGUCUGGUAGCUCAGGACCCGGAUCUAUUUUCGGGCAGCGUAGCGUUCAAUGUCGGGCUUGGGGCUCGACCAGGUCACACUGCGACAUUGGAGGAAAUCAUACAUGCUUGUAAAGCAGUCGGGAUCCAUGAUUUUGUCAACGGGUUACCUGAUGGCUAUGAAACACAAUGCGGUGUAAAUGGAUCUCAGCUUUCAGGGGGACAAAAACAACGCGUUGCAAUUGCUCGAGCAUACAUUCGUGACCCAGAAAUUUUACUCCUGGAUGAAGCUACCUCGGCUCUUGACUCACAUUCCGAGGCUCAAAUCCAAGAAGCUAUCUCAGCCGUUUCUCGUAAGAGAACCACGAUUAUGAUUGCUCAUCGUCUUGCUAGUGUGCAAAAUGCAGAUCGUAUUUUGGUUUUUGAUAAGGGGAAGAUUGUGGAGGAGGGGAAACAUGGGGAUUUGAUGGGUGGUGGUGGGAUUUAUGAAGAGAUGAUUAGAGCUCAGGAUUUGGGUUGA